AAUCGUUUGCCUUUUUACAAAAUAAUCCUCUUACUUAUGUUUUUUCCAGUGAUGAACAACUCAUUGUAUUUGUAUACCAGAAAAUGUUAAAAGAAAACACAGUCCAACGUCGACCCUGGCUUACUUAAAGGCAAGACUAUAGUGACAAACCAGGCACAACCAGUAAAGAGUAGACCAGUACUAGCCAGGAACCAAAAUGGCUACCACUGCCGGUACCCGCACCGGUGCCGCCUUGGGUACCCACACCAGCACGAAGAUGCGCGUCCUGCUCAUCCCUUUCUUCGCGACCAGCCACAUCGAGCCCUUCACCGACCUUGCCAUCCGCCUCGCCGCGGCGGCUAGCCCCGACGCCACCGUGGAGGCGACCGUCGCCGUCACUCCGUCCAACGUCUCCAUCGUCCGGUCCAUGCUCAAAAGACAGUACGUUGAUGCAGCCGAGGGCAUGCCUGUGAAGAUAGCCACGACCCCUUCCCGGCCGUGGACGGCCUCCCGAGGGGCGUGGAGAACCUCGGCAAGGCGGCGGCGGCCGACUUGUGGCGCAUCGACGCCGCCGCCGUCAGCGACGCCCUGAUGCGCCCCGUCCAGGAGGCGCUCGUCAGGGAGCGCUAUGGAGGUGACCUACUCCCUCACCGCCGCCAAGGCCACCCACCUGCGCCGCCUCCACGUCCGUCCACCUGCUCCACCGACCUGCUGCUGCUGCCCUCCUACGCCGCCGCUUCGGUCGACCACCUUCUCCGCGCACCUGCUGCUGUUGCUGCCCACCUACCACCGCCGCUCCACCAACGGAGGCGACCUGGACUUCUUCCACUUUGGCUGCCGGCUGGUGGUGGUGGUGGGCGUCGCCUCUGGUUCCCCGCGCCGGGCUCUACUGCUCAUAGCUCCCGGUGUCGGCCUCUAAUGCUGCUGCUUCCCGUCCCCGCCCUCGCUGAACUGAUGAACACAGAAAUUGCAAUCUUCAGAAUUCUGUCAUCUGUAUCUAGAUUAAAAUCUAAACGAACCAAGUUUAUUUACAUAGAUCAGUGCCUACCCGUCCCAAAAUUAAACGGAUAAAGGAUUCAUUUGA